AUGUCGGAAUUUCGUUACCGCGAGGAUCCCUACAGAUACCCCCGGCGUGAAGAGCGACCGGAUUUCCGGGACCCCUACGCUGGUGCGCCGCCCCCCAGUCAUAGCUACGGCUAUGAUCCCUAUGAGCGCCGGCCGGAGAGGUAUGACUACAGGGACCCCUAUGAAAGGGGCCCACCGGGCCCACCGGGCCCACCUGCCUAUGAUCCCUAUGAUCCUUAUGCGCGGCAUUACCAGCCACCCCCAGGCCCAGGCCCAGGUGCCUAUGGGGGUGGGUACUAUCCGCCACCACCUGGCUAUGGCUAUGGACAGCCGCCACCACACUAUCCACCACCAGGAUAUCCACCACCAGGCCCAGGUUACCCACCGCCUCCUGGAUAUUACGGGCACUAUGGACCGCCACCACACUACCGACAUGAUUCCCCAAGAAGAUCUCCUCGAAGGAGGAGUAGGACGCCAGAGAAGCGCGGAAAAGGAGGCGGCAAGCGUGGCAAGGAGCCUCAGCGGAAACGGAAACGUGAACGUGAGGAGGGCGGCGAAGAUGGAGAGGUGGAUGGUGCUGAUAUCAAUCUGACCCUGGCCGAGGUUUUUCCCAGAUUGGUCAAGGCUGCGCAGGAACAAGACGGCAGCCGCUUCCUACAAUGGAAGCUGAAGGGAAAUUGCACUGAAGAGGAGAGAAAAAAAAUCUUUGAGUUAGCAAUACCUGCUACAGUGAAGUUGUCUUAUGACCAAUUUGGGAACUUCGUGGUGCAGAAGCUGCUGGAAACGGGCGAUUCGCAGGACCACAGCGAUAUCUUGCAACAGGUCAAGGGCCAUGUCAUGAAGCUCUCGCAGGACAAGUUCGGAUGCAGGGUGAUGCAAAAGAUGCUGGAAGCCUUGCCAUCGGAGGAGAAGGCGGAUCUCACUGCUGAGAUUCAGGACGAGGUAGUCGAGUGCAUCCAUGACAUGAACGGGAACCACGUGAUUCAAAAGGUGGUUGAACACCUGUCCCCCAAUGAUCUGGGCUUUGUGGUGGCCGCCGUGGCGCGCCGCGCCAACGAGAUGGCCAUGCACGUCUAUGGUUGCCGCAUCAUUCAGAGGUUGCUGGAACAUUGCGCCCUGGAGGAGUUAGUGGACGUCUUAGAUCCCAUCGUUUCGGCUGCGGCCAAGCUCUCCAGGGACAGCCAUGCCAACUAUGUCAUCCAAUGCAUCCUCGAGCGGGGUCGUUUGGAAGACAAGAGGCACAUCCUGGAGGUGAUUACGGGUAGCGUCCUGGACUUUGCCAAGAACAAGGUUUCCAGCAAUGUGGUGGAGAAAUGCUUUGAGAUUUCCACCAUAGGAAGCCAUGCUGAAGAUCUAGUGGAAGAGAGGUCCGCCUUGAUGCGUGCGGUGCUGGGUGAAAAAUCGGACCCCAACGCGCCCAUCGCCAGAUUGAUGAAGGACAAGUUCGGUAACUACACAGUUCAGCGCAUCAUUGAGCACAGCCGUGGCGACGACUGGCUGGAGCUCAGGGAGAGGAUUGAGGCGGCUGAGGAGAGCUUAAAGAAGUCGGCCACGGGGAAGCACAUCAUCUCGGCCUAUGAGAAGAAGAAACACAGCGUGGACAAGGCGUGA